AUGAGUGAUCAUGCUGUGACAAACGAUGGUGAUAGGGAUGGUCAUUCUCAUGGAGCUGUAGGUGUUGUAGGUGGUGAUAUUGUACUUGUGGCGGUUCCAGGUGAUGAUGUUGUAGAUGAAGGGCCCGACAUUGAUGGACGGAAGGACGAGAACUUCUUAAGACGCGAUCGCCAUACUAUCGAUUGGAGUAUGGAAAAAAAGGUAUUAAAGUACGUUCAUGGUAAACACACUGACUACGAUGUACCUUGGAGCAACGUCGAUGCUGUUUACAUGCCUUUCAACCUCUCUGGGAUGCACUGGGUGCUUGUUUGUGCAGACUUCCAGGUCAGAGAAUUAAUCAUGUUCGAUUCAUUGAUUGCAUUACAUUUGAAUGCAGACUUGGAAUGUGAAAUGAGAUUAGUGUGCAAAAACUUUCCCGGUCUACUUAUUGUUGGUGCGGUAAUGGAGUCUCAUAAUCUUCUAAUUGAUCGUUGGACUUUACGCAGAGAUGCUUUCAGGUCUCAACAACAUGAGAGCGGUGACUGUGGUAUGUUCACAUAUAAAUUUUUCGAAUAUGAUGUAACAGGGUCCAAAAUGGGCACCUUAACACAAGAUAGAAAGCAAUAUUUUCGUAGACAAUAUGCCAUUCAGAUUUGGGCAAAUAGAGCAUUAUUUUAG